GAUCGACGCUGAGGAGAAACAGGGCAUUCCUGACGUACGACAACCAGGCCCAACCCUCUUGUUGCCAUGGGCAUCUGUCUAUGGGCGGAUAUGCCAGGGGAAGAUGGUCGCUGUCUAUGUUCGGAAAGAUGAGACGUUCACAAAAUACCCAGUGCAAACGCGUUUUCCGAGUUUAUUGUUGCCACGGAACCACGGAGAACAGUCGAAGACCUAUUGACUUUACAUGAGCUUUACAAGCUGGCUUAAAGCGUAGCAAGAAGCAAUACAUAAUGAAUACUAUUUCCUCGCUAACUCUGAGAACCCUUCGACCCAGACCUUCACUGUCGGUUAGGCGGUUUUUUGGAGACGCUCCAGUGGAAUUACGUCAUUCCGAUGCGAGCGCUAAAAUUGUUUCCCGUCGAGGCUGGCAAGCUUACGUGCAGAAAUAUCCGAGAAAAAUCGAAGCGAAAAAGAAGGUAGAAGACAAGACUGAAUGGCCCAAAUCCGUUCGGUAUUCGACCUACGCUGCCUCUGCAGUUCUGGUUCCUUAUUUCGCCGUAUGGUUUGUUGCUUCGAAUCGCAGAGCCCGAGAAGCAGUCUUUCCGCUGCUUUCCGAUGGCCUGCGUGAAAAACUGCGGAAUUACUUCGGGAUGGAAGAUUUGGAUGCGCUAUCGUACACUGAAAUUGUGGAAGAGAAGAGGACAGUUCCGCGCCGCCUUGAUCAAGAAUUGUCUGAGAAGGAACGACUACAACAAUCUCAAAUCGAAUCCAUUUUGCUGAGCGAUGUCGCUAUUCGAUUACAAACGGUUGAAGAUGACAAUGUUACUGUACAUGCUGACGAUACGUAUCGAAGAAUUCCGGCUUCAACACCCGGAAAUGUAUCUACUCUUCUACAUGUGCUGGGAGACUCAGCUAAUUCAACAUCCUCAAAUGUUUCCGUUGCGGUAGAUUUUCCACAGGAUAAAACGGCGGACACAAUCGGAGACGAAUUUUUAGAGAAUAGCUUCGACAAAGUCGAAUCACCGAAAGAUCCUCUUUUAUCUACGAUUCACACCUAUUCAUUAUGGCACUAUCAACCGUCUGCUGCUUCACGAUCAACACAACAGACGUCCAGCAGCGCCGGAAUCUCCAGUGAUGACGUGAAUCGAUCGUGGCUAGUACAACAAGUUGAUCUCCUAGAACGAGAGCUCCGCGGCGCCAGCACCAGACCCGUUGACGAUAUCUUGGAAGAACUCAACCAGGCAAAGUCGGAGCUUCGAGCACUGCGUUGGAAACGCUUCCUACCAUGGCGAAGCUAG